AUGAAGGGAACACUGGAACCAUCUAAGUUUCUAGAGGAGCCGGAAACUCUGGUUGCAAACUUGGAUUGUACAAGUGAGAAGAUCCAAGUAAGACUUUACAAAGCAAUAAAUAUUGCAGGCGAAAUUUCGGUGAACGCUAUUUUUUCCGAAAUUCCAGCUCAAACAGGCUCGUUGAAGCAUAUUGUUCAGAUCGUCACCAACAAAUGGCUGACCGAGGUAAGAAUAUACGACGAAUACACCAAAACGGUAUUUCUUUCAGAUGAUUCCGGACAACUUACGCCACAACUUCUCUGUCAGCACGAAACCACAAAAACCACAAGUUUCCCUUCCGAGUCGAUUCAUUAACCCUCCAAUCGGUAUAAAUUAUAUUUGAGAUAGUAUGCUAUGAAAUGUUUUUGCAGCCGUACUCAGUGGAGCGAUCCAAAUUCACGGAUGCGACAGAGAAAAGGUGGCGAUCACUGUGGCGCUGCUCUUCCAGCAUCACUUGGAUUACUGCUUGUGAGUCGAUGCGAAAAACAACGUUCCAAUCUACUUUUCCAGCAGUCACGCCCGUCAUCGCAUGCAGAAGCAGAAAAAGGACGAGAAUACGAGUGCUUAG